UCUUCCUCUCCUUCUCCGCCCAGGCCAGCAGCCACUCUCUCUCUCUCUCUCUCUCACACACACACACACUCUUUCAUUUUCUUUAUUUUCCCGGAAAAUCUCGGUUUUCCUGAGAAAAAAACAAAAGAAAAGAAAACAGUGGGGAAAUGUUUUCGACUAGGUCCGUUUUGCGUGGGCAGCUAAGACCGUCGGUGGCUGUGUUGCACUCUUCAUUUUACUCUUCUUUAUCAUCCGCAGCUGCAAUUCAAGCUGAGAGAACAAUCAGACAAGGCCCCAGAAAUGACUGGAACCGCGACGAGAUCAAGGCCGUCUAUGGCUCUCCUGUUCUCGAUCUCCUUUUCCACGGAGCUCAAGUUCACAGACACACGCAUAAUUUUAGGGAAGUGCAGCAGUGUACUCUCCUCUCUAUCAAGACUGGUGGAUGUAGUGAGGAUUGUUCGUAUUGUCCUCAGUCGUCCCGGUAUGACACAGGACUCAAGGCCCAAAAGCUUAUGACAAAGGACGCCGUCAUGGAGGCAGCACAAAAGGCAAAAGAGGCUGGAAGCACACGCUUUUGCAUGGGUGCUGCAUGGAGGGAUACAGUUGGAAGAAAGACAAACUUUAACCAGAUCCUUGAAUAUGUAAAAGACAUAAGGGGUAUGGGAAUGGAGGUGUGCUGCACCUUAGGCAUGCUAGAAAAGCAACAAGCUUUGAAACUCAAAGAAGCAGGCCUGACAGCUUACAAUCACAAUCUUGACACCUCAAGGGAAUAUUACCCAAAUGUCAUUACCACAAGGACCUAUGAUGAGCGCUUGGAAACCAUUAAGUUUGUCCGGGAUGCAGGAAUUAGUGUGUGUUCAGGAGGAAUAAUAGGGCUCGGAGAAGCAGAGGAGGAUAGAGUUGGUUUGCUGCAUACAUUAGCAACACUCCCAUCUCACCCAGAAAGUGUUCCCAUCAAUGCACUGGUUUCAGUGAAAGGCACACCUCUCCAAGACCAGAAGCCAGUUGAAAUUUGGGAGAUGAUACGAAUGAUUGCCACUGCCCGUAUAGUCAUGCCAAAAGCAAUGGUCAGAUUGUCAGCUGGGAGAGUAAAGUUUUCAAUGCCAGAGCAGGCAUUGUGCUUUCUUGCUGGUGCAAAUUCGAUAUUCACUGGUGAGAAGCUGUUGACCACUCCAAACAACGAUUUUGAUGCUGAUCAACUCAUGUUCAAGGUGCUUGGUCUGAUUCCCAAAGCUCCCAGUUUCUCUGAGGAACCAGCAAAGGCAUACGAGGCGGAGGCUUGUGAGGAAGCUGUUUCCAGUUCAGGCUGAAAUUGUUAUACAAGAGAGUGUUGGUCUGUAGUUUCUUACAUUUUUUAAGCUGUAAUUUUAGUGUUAGUUUGUAGCUGAAAGAAUUGCACUCAAAGUAAAAUUCAGUUAGAAAAUAAAAGCGAAAUUUAGUAA